AUGUCCUCGAAAGCAUACGUCGUCCCCAUCGACCCCAAGAACCCUCCCAGCAACGUCGCUCCCGGUGUCAACCCCGCAAAACUCUGGUCUACUGUUCCGUCAGGAAAGACGCCUGCGAAAGUGGGAAAGUCUCAUCUGUUCUUCGGAGACAAUGUCGCCUCUCUUGCAUCCCUUGGCGACAAAUUUCCAGACAAGAAGGGCGACGAGAGGAGAGAGCUCAUCAGGAAGGCCGUUGGAAGUGCCAUCAAGGAUGUAAAAUCAUUAGGUGAAGGUGUUACUGAAGCUGUCGUAGAUUCGUCCUUAGACGCGCAAGCUGCUGCUGUCGCAGCUCAUCUCGCACUGUAUAACUUUACUUUGAAGACUUCGCCCCCCUCGGCUUUUGAUCCUCGUUCGAAAGCCCUGCAAUCUGAAAAGAUAAAAAUCAACUCAAUAACAGAGGUUGCUCCAGAAGCAUGGAAACAAGGUGUUGUAUACGCAAGAGCGCAAAAUCUUGCUCGCACAUUAAUGGAAUAUCCCGCCAACAUGAUGACUCCGACGAUCUUCACCGAGCGGAUCAAAGCCGAGUUCGCUGGCAUUCCUAAUGUAGAAAUCAUAGUUCGUGACGAAGCCUGGGCUGCCGAGAAGGGCAUGCAUACAUUCCUCUCGGUCGCCAAAGGAACAUCAGAACCAGCAAAGUUAUUGGAAAUUCAUUACAAUGGAGCCUCCAAAGAUGCUCAGCCACUAGCAUUCGUAGGUAAAGGUAUAACCUUCGAUUCUGGAGGAAUCAGUAUAAAACCCCUUGCGGGGAUGAAAUUGAUGCGUGGAGACAUGGGUGGUGCUGCGGCUGUUGUUUCCUCAGCUUUGGCUAUUGCACAAUUGAAGCUUCCGAUUAACCUUGUAGUUGUUACCCCUCUCACCGAGAAUAUGCCUGGACCUAGUGCCAAUAAACCUGGUGACAUUGUUUAUGCGAUGAAUGGCAAGUCUGUCGAAAUUGACAACACAGAUGCCGAAGGUCGCUUGGUAUUAUCUGAUGCUCUCUACUACACAAGCACUGAGUUCAAGCCACACACGUUGAUCGACGUCGCCACUCUCACUGGUGCAAUGGAAGUUGCCUUGGGAGAAGUAUAUUCUGGCGUAUUCUCAACUUCUGAUUCACUCUGGAGUGAGCUCAAUGUCGCGGGCGAGUCUGAAUAUGACCGCUUCUGGCGCAUGCCGUUCGAUGAGGACUUUGGGCCACAAAUCUAUUCAUCCAAUGCUGAUCUCUGUAACACUGGUGGCAAGCCGGCAGGAUCUUGCACAGCUGCCCUGUUCCUGAAGGCCUUCGUGGAGGGCAUCGAAGCAAAAGACGGGGGUGAGGCACCUUUGCGAUGGGCGCAUAUUGAUAUAGCUGGUUCCAUGGAGGCUACGAGGCCGACUCCUUAUCUCGAGACUGGAAUGACUGGGCGCCCCGUUCGGGCUCUCGUGGAGUUUGUGCGACGGCUUUCCCAGGCUUGACGUGCUUCUUUGACUUGGGAGGUCUCGAGUCGUCGAGAUGGUUGCGGUUCAAAUCUAGACAUAUAGAAUGGACGUGACCGGGAAUGGAGAAGGGAAUAGACCUGCUUCCCUGUUUAUACAUGACACACAUAGCAGGAACAAUGCUAACCAAGUAGCCAAGAUCAAUGGCAUAUCUGAAAACUUGAAUAUCAUUGUUAGGACAGCACUCU